AUGGAGUCAAUGAAUGCAAAAUUGGGUUUAAAACACCAAAAAUUCAAUGAGCUUGUCGAUAAUACCGUCAGGACUUCAACAGAUAUAACACCUAUUGAUUAUAAAGAUUUAGAUAUAAAUAAUUUAUUAAAGAUAGAAGUGGCCUGUCGGACAAGAAAUAUUAAUUUUAUUCUUAACAUUUUAAAAUGCAAGAAUAUGUUGUAUGUUUCCCGUGCCAUUAAACUUUCAACAUGGUUGUUAACUGAAGAUCAGUAUUCCCAUAUUAUCAAUCCAGAUUAUAUUCAUACUAAUCUUCUGCCAUUCAUGAUGUGGAAAGCUUUUAAUAAGCUGAUGCUGAAAAUACGUCUAACACUGAAAGAUGAAGGGCGAGUCGAUGGAUUCUUCAAAUACUUUGAAGUAAGAGACCUUCAGAGAGCUUUUAAGUGGUUACCACAUUGUUCACCCUGUGUAGCUGAAGAGGCUGUGGAAAAGUAUGCUGAAAAAAUCCCAUUCUCAGUUUUGAAGAAGUUUAAAUAUGGAUCUAACUGUGUUUACAUUUAUUGCAAGAGAGAUGUAUGCAACUAUGAUGAGUUGCUUCAAGCUAUCAAUCUCUUACUGGUAAAUAACACUGAAAAAUAUUUAGAUUUUGUUUUUGGUUUAGUAGAUGGAUAUAAUUUGGAUAAAUUUACACCACAAACCACAAAAAGGAUAAUAAAAAGAUGCCCAAAUGAAUCAUUAGAUAGUCUACUAAGAUUUACUAGAGUUAUCCAUAUACCCACAUUGGCAAAAUUUUUCAAUAAAGAAGAAAUCAAGAAUGGCCUAAUCAAUAACAGCCGCAGUAAAAAAUAUGAAAGGCUUUACAAAUACGACAAGUUGAAGUAUUUUGUACGCCGGUUGCCGGAGGAGGACAAGAUUGAUUUAAUAAAAAACGUGUUUAUAGGUAAACAGGAACCUGACUAUACUUGCGAGAAUGACUUGCGUAAUAGUACUUUAAUCCGUUGCCUAACUAAUAUGAAUAAUGCUUACCUUUGGUGUGAGUUACUGCCUUUUGAUGAUGCAUUUAUAGAAUUAAAACGAUUUAUUGCUGUUGAAUCAAACCCUGCUAAACGCAGCUAUAUGCUUUGCACAUUAUUAAGCAGUGCUCACAGGGAUGCAAAUAAUAUUCAAGUUGUACUUCAGUAUUACUUCGACUUUCACAUGCAGGAAGGUGUAAAAUUUAAGACACAGUUUCUUCAACACAUAUUGAAGGAAGUUAAUACACUAAAAUUAAAUGCAGCAUCGUGGAACCUCUUGAACUGCAUAUUUUAUAGUGUGGGAGUAUACACAAGAAUGGAUAAUAACUUUCCACAGUAUAGACCAAAUCCAUUUAUAAUUAUUGGUAAACACCGUAGAUAUUAUGAUAAAAAGAAACUUCAAAGCGAUGAUAUAUUUGUUGAUUGCGUAAUAUUGUAUAAUGUUGUCCAUGACAUUGAUAUACCGGACGUUUUGAUAGCAAAAUUUAAGUUCAACACAAUGAAAAAUUCUGAAAAUAGUCUCAAGGCGGAAGAAAAAAAUAAAUUAUUCGAAUUCCUUUUGGCUUUGGCGCAAGAUAAACUUGACAAGCUCAAUGUUAACAUUGAUGACAACUUUGAGGAGUUAUUGGUGACUUGUAAAAAUAUACUGAAGUUAUUUAAGGAUUGGAAUAGACAAGUUGCAGAACAUCCAAACGUACUUACCAAAAUGAAAGAGUUUGCUAAAUCUUAUUCAGAGACUAAGACAGAUGAUAUGAAAACAUUCUACGAAAUGGCAAAGAGUAUGAAAGUUAAAUUAGUUGAUUCAGAGCAAUUGAUAACUGCAGAAUUGUGCAUGAAUGCAUUAAAGUAUAACCCUCAAUUAUUAACAGAACUAAACAAUCAAAAUAAAAUAGUUGUGGAACUAAAUAAGAAAUCUAUGCGCAGAUUUCUAAAUAAGAUUCGCGUUUACUAUUACGAUUCUUUUGCAGUCACUUUCAAAGAUUAUUACAUGAAAAACAAUAUAAAAAUACCAUGGGGUCUUAUAUCUGGUAAAGACAUUCAUCACUUGAUCUCAGAAUUUUUAUCAAGUAAUAAAAUUGACUGGAGCAAUGAUAUCACAGUCAGCCUUGCGAAACACGCGCACCUAUUUAAAACUUUCUUCUCCUUAGAUAACCUAUUAGAUUAUAUAACUGACAAUAAAUUGUCCUAUUUUUUACCACCUCUUUAUUCUAUAACAUAUGAUAUGUACCUCGAUCAAGUUCGUGAUGUCUUUAUAAAGUUAGACCAAAUGGGCGGAAAACGUAAGGAAAUUCGAUUAAAAAGACAUUGUUUAAGAGUUAUUUUGGACAGAGUUACAUAUGAUGAAGCAAGUAACUUACUGAUAGAUAUCUGGAAAGUAACUAAAGUUCCGUCUACUCGAGUUUUGAUUUUUGAACUAACCUGGUCUUUGCUAAGCAAGGCAAAGAAUAAGCAGGACAUUAUGAAUUAUUGGAAUAUUUUAAGUAAUUUUAUUGACGAUAUAGAUGAAAAUAUCCUUAAGUCAUCGAGUUUUCUAACAUUAUUGUGCAACUAUGCUUACGUUCCAGAACUUGUGCAGGAAGAUUAUUAUGAUAAAGUUCAUAGUGUUCUCCGAAACCUGCCGGAUCAGAGCCACUUACAAGCAUUUUUGAAGAAAGGCGAAAUCGGAAUAGAAAAGUCGGUGAAAGCAUUACAAAAGGCAUUACAAAGACCACAUUUUUAUUGUCCUUACGGAGUACACGAAUACCUUCUAAAUGCCAAUUCUGUAGAGUCACAAAUGAAACGCUAUGAACGUCUCCUGGUUCCAAUAAUGGAAGACCAGAAGUUCAAAUUAUCAGACAAGCCUUUUGUAUCAAUACUGCGAGAUUUGACCAAAGAAAUCCACCACAAUGUUACAUAUCGAGAUGCCAUUGUACCUCUAAAUAUCUUCAAAGAUAUUUUGGAGAGGUUAGAAAAGCAAUUGGAUUUUUUUGAAAAUUACGUAUUGAUAACGGCGGUGAAAUUAAUUUUGGGUUACUUAAACAUAUUGAAUAGGUGCGUACGUUGCAUAACAGAUAAAAAUGAGAUCAGCCUAAGAACGAAUAAGGAGUUGGCCGAAUUCUGCGGGGAUUUCUUGGAUCGUGAAAUAGCUACCUAUUAUCCCAGAAUCUACAUGUCGUUCUCCGAUGCUUUACAUUGCAUGUCGCAGAUGAUGGAUAACGAACUCAAAGUAACUUUCUUAGAUCACAUGUUGACCCAUAACCCUCGUUCUGAAUGUUACUUCGUAAUUAUUCCUCUUUUACCCCGCAAGACGUAUAGGACACCGGAUGACAUUGCCUAUUCGAGAAUUUUGGAAAAAAUUAGAACCCAUCCAUGUGACGACGUUAGGAUGUUGUAUUCAAAUUAUUUUAUAAAGACGGACAGUCUGUAA